AUGGAAGUUAAUGCGGGCAAUUGUGGCGAGCGGAACGGUGGUAAAGUGAGCUUUAAAUUCAAUUCCUCCAAAGAUGGUGUGCUGCUUCAUCUUCAUCAUACCGUCCGGAAUCAGACCGAUGGAACCGUACUGCGAAUACGGUUUACUGCCGCAGGAUUUAGUGCGAACAACGAACGAUUGAUUGCGGCAGAUCAUAGGGACAAUAUAUUUGUGUUUGAUUUGAUUAUUCAGCGUUUCUGGAUGCUUUCGGAACGGCUCAAAAGGAUAACGAUCAUCGAAGGACUUACUGGCGCGAACCGCGUGGCCCUAGGAAAUAAGGAAGGAAUGGUGUUUAUUGUUGAUUUGGAUGCAAAUAAUUGCGUCCAUAAGCUUAAUGCCGUCCCGGGAAGGAUCAUCCAUCUGACAAGCUCACCCAUAGCUGAUGUACUGAAAACUAACAAAUCCCAACCGAAACCGUACACCAGCUCUCCGGAUGAUGCGCUGGAACGAUACGAUCGUCGCUAUCUGUUAGCAGCAUCGCAGGACAGUGUAAAACUCUAUUCGCUCGACGAUUACUCAGAACUAUCACGCAUUAGUUACGGUGUGGCAUCGAAUAAUUCAUUCCGUCCGAACAACUGGCAUUGGCUCGGCAGCAACCAGGGCUCAUCGCUGAUUACCUUCAGCACUUGUGGGAUUAUUCGUGUGUACCGGAUAAACUUUAAGCUUGCCAAAGAGUUAAACGUCACACGCCUUAUCGAGCUAUAUCAUAAGAACGCACCGGCUCAAACGAUCACAUUCGAGCGGCAUCGAUCCGGCCCGAUGGAGCAGGAUAAUGUCGAGCUUACCGUGAAGCGUCUUACCGAAGGAUCAGUUGCGCCCGGAAGGCACAUUACCACCGCCCAGCCUACCGGCGACGGUCAAUAUUACGCUGUGCUGUACGGGAACAGUACCGUCGCCUUUCUGGCGCUCGAUUCGUGGCUCAUCUGUCGGGUAGUUUCAUUUUCCAAUUUGUUUAUCACACACUUUGCAUUCGUUCCGUACGACCACAGUGCCAGCGAUACCGCCGGUCGUGUACGGUGGCCAACCACGGUUGCCUGUGCGCUUACCGUACGUACCGCUGACAAUGAUUUAAUGCUGCUAAAAUUCGGUAGCAACGGUACCGGCAAUAAUCCGCCCUUUCUUCAACCACUAACGAAUCGGCCCGAACAUAAUUGCUAUAAAUUUCGCGUCGCUCCCAACGGGCGGAUGCUUGCCAAUGUUCUCAGCAGUGGUGAGGUGUUGCUACACAACCUUCUGGAAUUAGCGCAGCGGGAUGACAGUUCCGAGGCGCUUGCAAUCGGCCGGAAAGAGCAUGCCAAAAGAUCGCGUGCAAUUUACGGUGGAAGGUCCAGCGGGCUGUUACAUCGGCCCGGUAGUACGUCGUCUACCGGUAAUAGCAGUAGUAGCCGCAGCACAGUGGCCGUAUGCGGUGUGCACCGGAAUGCAACGUCCGGUGUGCGUAAAGUGAAGCUUGACCAGCAAAUAAGUGCCCUGCACGUGCAGCUAUCGAAAACACUUCCGAAGGACCGAUUGCUACCGAUACUGAAGGAGUACGGUGAAUAUCCGGCCAAAUAUCGUACCACCAUUUGGCGCACGCUGCAAGAGCUGCCGGGCGAUGCGGAAAGCUUCAGCCGUUUGCUACAGCGUGGCCUCCAUCCGUGUGUGGCCAGCUAUGAGCAUCGUUUUGCCGGGUACGAUCAGCGUACCGUGCGUAAUCUAAAGAAAACCGUUUCCUGCCUAGCGCACUGGUGUCCCGUGUUUGGGCUUAUCGAUUACAUUCCCAGCUUUGUGCUACCGUUUGCCCGCCAGCAGCCAACGGAUGCGCUUGGUCUGUUCGAAACCGUCGCCACCGUGCUGGUGAAUCAGUGUCAGCUGUGGUUCGAAUUUGCCCCACUGGACCCAUUCAACUACCUGGCGAUGGUGGAGAACGUGCUGGCCGAGUGUGAACCACGGUUGAUGGUCUUCUAUCGCAAGCACAAUGUUGCGGCGCGAACGUACGUGCUGCCGCUGAUGGAGACGGCAUUUGCACGGUGCUGCAGCGAUGACCAAUGGCUGGCCCUGUGGGACCACGUGCUCUCGAACGAGGCGUACUUUCUAGUGUUUCUCAUCGCCGCCUACAGCAGCAUCCAUCGGGGCGCACUAAUGGCUGCGAAUGGCACGGCGGCGGUAGACAAAUUUUUCUUUCCCCAGUCAUGCUCGCUCGACGUACGACGGUUGGUGCGCCGUGCGCACGAGCUAAUGGAACGAUGCUCGGACAAACACCAUCCAAGGAAUUACUUUAAAUCCUUCAUACGCCUUAGCACCGCAAAUAGGUCGGACGUUGAAGCGGGCCAUGAGAAAGCGUACCGUCGUGUGGAACAACAUCACGAUGGGUGGCCACCGAUGGCGACGGUUGCGAAUUCGAGAGUUUUUCCUAAUGCAGCUAAUAAUGCUAUUGAUUUCACGUCACUCAGCAGUAAUUCAUCAACGGUUCGAACGCCAUCGGUUGCAUCGGGCGAAGGCGAAUUGCGCAAUGCGUCGGAAAAAGGAUCCACCCGGACGUACGUAAGUUUUUGUAACUUUCCCAAAAAGCUGACCGAAGUCCGGUGCACAGAAACAAGCGCACUGCAAGCGGAACAGCGCCGACUGGAGGCGAAAAUUAUCGAACUGGAAAAGCUGGAACACAACCUGCAGGACCGUAUGGUGAACAACUUGAUACGCCAAGAGCACGAGCAGCGUGUGCAGGAAGUGGAGCGCAAUCUGGAGGAAGCAAUCGCCCGCGAGGAGCAGCGGGUUGAAAUGCAGCGGAAAUUAUUGCUCCUGCACCGGAAGCAGCUGCGCGAGCGAGAGAACGAACUUUCGCUCGACGUGCACAAUGCCAAGCUCAUCAGCGACGCCACCGUACGGGAGCGCGAGCUUGAUGCGCUGUUGAAAAAGUUUGAGCGUGAGCGACAACGGGAAGAGACCGAUCUACUGUUCGCGGAGGAGGACAUCAAACUGAAGGAGCUAGAACUAUUGGCACGGUACAGCAGCGGUCCGGCAGUCGGGACGGCCGUGUCCAGGGAAACUACUUCCGAUGAACGUCCGCUCGAUCAGCGGUACCAGGUGGCGCUGGAACAGUUGGCAGUGCAGAAGCUAAAACUUUACGACGAAAUUGAUCGGACAUACUCAUCACUGGGAAUGCCCUCGGGAGUCAAUGAGUAUACGUACCGUACGGUAUCGGAGCUACGCAAGGUAGCGUCGAGCUGCGAGCGCUAUCCGGCUAGGAAGCAACCCAUCCAACAUCCAGCCGAACGUCAACCAGUACUGAUGGAUGGUAAUUCCACGAGUCAGGAGUACGGAGAUACGAUACGGCGAAUGGAGGAGCAGGUGAAGAUAUUACACCGAUUGAAAAAUGGCAUGGAACGGAAAGGAGUUUGAAGAAUUGAG